UUGGUGAAACAAUAUGAAGUUAUGCAAAUACCAUGGAGUAGAUCUCCAUGUAUAAGACAAAUUUUACCACGUUGCAGCGAAAUAGAAAAUAAGCUAUACGGUCAUCAUGAUGAUCAUUCAUACGUCAAAGAUGAACUGACAAUGGAACGUGUUAAUGAUGAUUGCCUGGCUGAAAUAUUCAUGUAUCUUCCAGCAUGUGAAAGACCGAAAAUUGCAUUGGUAUGCAAACAAUGGAAAAGAGUCCUUGAUUAUUACUCUUGGUUUAAUGUCAAAAAACUUGAACUAACUUAUUGGAGAUAUGAUGAGUAUCCUAAUUUAUUAACGAAAAAUUAUCCAACAACCGAUCGACAAUUUAGUUUUUUAAAAUCGCUUCUUAAUAAAUGUGGUCGUUAUUUAACAGAAUUAGACUUGACAGCAUAUGGCCAUUGUAACAUAGUACCAGUUGUCAAUGAAUCUUGUCCAAAUCUCGUAAAACUUCGAAUAAGAAUUGAAUUUAUUGACGAUGCAAUAUUAGAUAAUGCAUUUACACAUCUUUCCAAACUAAAAGUAUUGAAAAUUAUAUUUCAAUGUUUUAAAAAGCAAGAUACAUCUAUUAUACCUGUUACUUUGAUCAAGUCAUUGUUAAAUGUUGCUGAUACAUUGACUGAACUGAAUUUGUCAAAUUGGUCUGAAUGCAUGAGGGACAAUACUAAUUUUCCAGAUGAAAUCACUAGUGUGGUUUCUCAACUGAAGGCCUUGAAAACGUUUCAUCGUGCUGGUAUAAAUUGUCCCAAAGAUUUAUUCGUCUUGACUUCGACAAAUCCUAAAAUAAAUACCACUUCUGACGACUAUAAAUAUCGUAAAAAUAAAUUUACUUCCAUAGAAAUAUAUGAGCGGGUCAAGAGAUUAGAUAUUAGAAAUUUCCGAGUUACUGAUGAUUUUUUAUAUAAUGUUGCCAAUGUCAUGAAGAGAUUAGAAUCACUACAAAUGGUUAGUACUUGGAUAACCGAUGCUGGUAUAGUAGCAAUUUCAAAGAUGAAUUAUUUAAGAGGUCUUAAUUGUUGCGGGUUUAAUAAGGUCACUGACUCUUCAAUUAAAUUGCUCAAAAAUAUGGUAUUAUUGAACUUACCAUUCAGCAAUAAAAUUACAGAUGAAUCAGCCAUGAAAGUUCUUGAAAAUUCACCAGAGUUGAUAUAUAUUAGCGUUAAAAACACAGGUGUAACUUCUGAAUUUAUCAAGAAAGCAGAAGAAAUAUCAAGAAAUCGUAAACAAAAAUUGAAAGUAAUGAUAUUAUGUGAAGAUGGUAUGCCUAACACACGAAUUGAAUAUGAAUAUUUAACAGUCGAGUAUGUUAAAAAAGUAAAACAACGAAACAAAAAUUAGAUAAUUCGUAAUAAUACAACAUAUUGAGUUGUUAACAACAUAUUUUUAUUAACUGUGA